AUCUCAGUUGUGCGCUCGAAGGCGGUGUGAGCGUACGUCGUUCCUGCGGGUCCUUCGCGACCUGCUCGUUGCUACGCUUAGCGGACAUUGUCGCCUACAAGGUUUGAUUCUGAAAACCUACAAGACUGUGCUGGUGUGUUUACUUGGUAUUCCGAAUAUUUGUUUUAUCGUUUUUUGUCGAAUGUGUAGACAAUUACCCUGGAUGGUGGAUUUUUGAAGAGUUGUGGAUAAUUCGCAAAUUUUCCAAAGGUCGAAGGAAAGAAACUGACUUUUAUUCCGAACUGGAAUUGCCGAGUGCCUUUACACUGGACAACGAAACAGCAGACAUUACACACCCCAAACCCUGCACCAACAGAGCACAUCACACCCCAAGCUAUCACACCCUGCAGCUACCACACCCACUAGCCGAAGGACCGUCAUCGCCCCCGGCCGAAGGAAUUACUGGAAGAUGCGCUGAGGACCGCGUGACUCCUGGAUUGGUCGGUCCCAGCUGCUGGAAACGCCAAGAGGAUUUUGCUGCUUUGCAUUGUAAGGAAGCAUCUUGUAAGAGGAUUAGACGUGUUAUGGAUUGGUCAAGAGGAGAUCAAAUUUGCUGAGUUAUCUCCCACGCUGACAGAGGACCCUCGCUGCUGUCACGCCGUCCCGAGCCUCUUCUCUCCUGUCAUACAAAAUGAAUCAGCUGUGCAAAGUGUGCGGCGAGCCAGCUGCCGGCUUCCACUUCGGAGCCUUCACCUGCGAGGGAUGCAAGUCGUUCUUCGGCCGGACGUACAACAACCUGUCGCAGGUGCACGAGUGCAAGAACGGCGGCCAGUGCGUCAUCAACAAGCAGAACAGAACGUCGUGCAAGGCCUGCAGACUCCGCAAGUGCCUUGUGGUCGGCAUGUCCAAGAGUGGAUCAAGGUAUGGCCGGCGCUCGAACUGGUUCAAGAUCCACUGCCUGCUGCAGGAGCAGGCGGCGCAGAUCAACAACGGCCUCGACGGCGGCGGCGGUGGUGGCUCGUUCCCCGGCGCCGUGGCCGGCUCGCUCUCCCUCAGCCCCGCCUCCAUGCCGGCGCUCUCGCCCGCCAAGUCCGAGGACGAGGCCAAGGGCGAGUCGCCCGCGCUGUCCUCGCCCGAGAGCUGCCUCUCCGAGACCAGCAUCGACGUCGAGCCCCGGCGGACGUCGUCUCCGAAGGACAUGAGCGUGGUGGAGGGCGGCGGGCGGGGGGCGGAGCGCUUCGGCGAGGGCGGCCGCCGUGACCUGGCGGGCGCCGCCGGGCUGUCCCUGUACGGCCUGCACCCCGGCCUGUCGCUCCUGCACGCCUCUCACCUCUACUCGCGCCUGUACCCGCCCAUGCUGUACUCCGGUAUCCCGCCCUCGCUGCUCGUGCCGCCCGGCGUGCCGAGAGCGCAGCCGCCGUCGAGCCCGCCCAAAGAGGCCUCGGCCAGCAGCCCCCGCAUGUGCAGCCCGCACGCCCUCAGCCCGCGCCAUCACAGCCCUCGCCCGCACAGCCCCCCACGCCCGCUGACUCCCCCAGUGCGUCCGAUGAGCGACUACCGGAGCCCUCUCGCCCCGCCCUUGGCGCUGCACCUCGGCUUCCCCUUCGCCAGGAAGCGCGUAGCAGACUCGCCCGUGGAAGAGAUGCGGGCGGCCAGCCUCAGCCCGCAGGCGUGGGAGGCCACCCCCGCCCCCGAGCAGGAGGCGCCCAUUGAUCUGAGCGUUAAGCGCCCGCGCCUCUUAGCACCCUCGCCAGGCACGCCCACGCCAGUGUCGCCGCCUGUGUCGCCCGUGCUCACGGCCGUGCCCACCUCCACCGCCCCCGUCGACCUCACAACCAAGGCGUGAGCGACCCGCCCGCCGGCCCGCCUCCACCGCCCUCUGUACAUACCGCCAGCAAGGUACAAAUCGUUGCCCCGAGACCCUUCGAGCGCUCUCCUUAGAGACUCUCCCUCGAGCGCUCUUCCUCGAGACUCCCCCCCGCCUCCUCCCUCGAGUGCUCUCC